AAAAAGACUUAUAUUUAGGAAUGGAGGAAGUAGUCGUUAUGAAGAUGCUGUCUGAAUAAAUCUGACUAGCAAACUACAGUAACGGUUAACUCCUCGAGAUGCCAAAUUUGACUUGUAGCCCUUCACUACCUCCCGUUGGCUUAAAGUGAUGCCAACCAUGACGCCACACAAGGGACAGCUGCUCUAAUUUGUCCCAUCGUACAACCAAGUGAGCCAACUACAGAAACUCGUGAGGCAGCAUCCACCACUCUGCUCCCAACCCCCAGCAAAACACCGGCUGUUCGGCACGGCGUCGCACACGUACGGCGGCAUGGGAGGCGAGCCAGGUGACCAGGAGCCGUCGCCGGCGAGCGCGCGGCCGCACGUGGUGCUCCUGUGCAGCCCGUGCAUGGGGCACCUCAUCCCAUUCGCCGAGCUGGCGCGCCGGCUCGUAGCCGACCAUGGUCUCGCCGCCACGCUCCUCUUCGCCGCGGCCACGGACGCCCCCUCGGAGCAGUACGCCGCCCUGGCCGCGUCCGUGCCCGAUGGCGUCGACCUAGUCGCGCUGCCCGCGCCACCGGCGGACGCCCUGCCGCCCUCGACCCCCGUGCGCGAACGCGUCGUGCAUGCUGCCCUCUCGGCUGUCCCGCACGUCCGGGACACCGCCCGGUCGCUGGUCUCUACCGCGCCGCUCGCCGCGCUCGUGGUGGACAUGGCCAGCGUGCCGGCACGCGACGUUGCCGCGGAGCUGGGCGUGCCGUGCUACAUGUUCUUCACCUCGCCGUGGAUGCUCCUGUCCCUCUUCCUGCACCUCCCGGAGCUCGACGCGGGGCUCGUCGGGGAGUACCGGGACGCGACGGACCCGAUCCGGCUGCCAGGCUGCGUGCCGAUCCACGCACGCGAGCUUCCCGGGUCUCUGCUCGCCGACCGGAGCAGCGAGACGUACGCUGGGUUCCUGUCCUUGGCCAAGGAAGCCGCGAGAGUCGACGGGAUUCUCGUGAACACGUUCCGUGAGGUGGAGCCCGCGGUGGGCGAAGGCGCGGGCGGUGUGAAGGGCAUGCCGGUGUACGCGGUCGGACCGUUGGUAUGGGCCAGGCCGGUCGCGGUCGGCGUGAACCGGGAGCCGGAGCACGCACGCCUCAUCACGUGGCUGGACCAGCAGGCACGUGGUUCCGUUGUCUUCCUCUCGUUCGGGAGCGGUGGCACGCUCACGUGGCGUCAGACAACCGAGCUAGCACUUGCGCUGGAGGCGACCGGACGUCCGUUCAUCUGGGCGGCAAAGAGGCCACACGAGGACACGGCGGACGGCGCCUUCUUCGGAACCGACGGAGGAGGAGGCAACGACAAUGACCCACUCGGCUUCCUGCCGGGGGGCUUCGUCGAGAGGACGGCGGGGGUGGGGCUCGUCCUCCUGUCAUGGGCACCGCAGACGUCGAUCCUCGCGCACGCCGCCGUCGGCUGCUUCGUGACGCACUGCGGAUGGAACUCGAGUCUGGAGAGCAUCCUCAAUGGAGUGCCGAUGGUUGCAUGGCCGCUCUACGCGGAGCAGAAGAUGAACGCGGCGAUGCUGGAGGUCCACGCAGGGGUGGCGACCCGGGUUAACACCGCCGGGCCUGCUGGCGAGGGCUUUGUCUGCAAGGAAGAGAUGGUGAACGUGAUCCAACGUGUGAUGGAGGGGGACGAAGCAACGAUGAUGAGGAGGCGUGUUGGUGAGCUCAGAGACAGAGCCACACGCGCGCUGACCAUGGAUGGUUCUUCAAAUCUUGCACUAGCCAAGGUCACGGAUGUGUGGAAGUCUUCUACUUCUAGUGACAAAAAAUAAAGGAGAAGGAAAAUAAAAAUAUUUCUGCAAGCCAUCACCAUCUCUACUUUUAAAAAGGAGAGUUGGUAGGCGCGAACCAAACUGAGGUUGUUAUUGUUAGGUGGACAGUGGUAUCCCAUCCCAUCAGGAUUCAAGUCCUGGUACUCGCUUUCCACCGCACAUUAUUGCUGGGCUUUUUCUCCCUCACACUGAAAACUAAAUCGAUUGGCCUCAUUCCUCUUUUAUUUUUUUAUGCUUGCUUUGGCAGGUCGUGAGCGUGAUCCAACGUUUGAUGGAUGGGGACAAAGCAACGACGAUAAGGAAGCGUGUUUGUGAGCUCAGAGACAGAGCGACGCAUGCACUAGCCAUGGAUGGUUCUUCGGCUGCUCCGGCGUGUGAGGCCCGCACUCUACCUUCUCCUUCGCCUCCUCCAACGCGUCGGAGCAGUCUACCUCCUCCGCCUCGUCAGCAAUGGCAGAAGAUAGACGCCGCCGCUCCGGCUGCUUCGGCGCGUCGGAACACACCGCCUCCUUCUCCGCCUCGUAAGCAACGACAGAAGAGAGACGCCGCCGCUCUGGCGGCUAGCAGUACAACCAGAGGUGGGAGGCAAUUUAGA